GCAAGACAAAGAAGAAGAAGAAGAUAUAGGAGUAGAAGAAGAGACAGACGACGUCAUCAUCAACAACACAUUUCUCCUCUUCUCAUCAUGCCUUGUGCUGUGAUGAUGGAAGAAAAUUUUGACAAACUACUGGAGCAGUGUGAAACUCAAGAGCUCGAGGCACCAGGAGGCAUUGCGACCCCUCAAGUGUAUGCUCAGCUUCUGGCACUCUAUUUACUACAUAAUGAUAUGAAUAAUGCCAGGUAUCUCUGGAAGCGGAUUCCCCAAGCAAUAAAAGCGGCAAAUCCUGAAUUAGCAGCAAUUUGGACAGUUGGCCAGCACAUUUGGCAGCGAGAUUUCCCUGGGAUCUACACAUCUAUUGCGGCUUACCAGUGGUCAGAAAAUAUCCUUCCGGUAAUGGAGGCCCUUCAAGAGAGUACGCGUCAAAGGGCAUACAGACUCGUGGCACAGGCGUACACCUCCAUUACUGCCGAAGAUUUCGCUGCCUUUGUGGGCUACUCGGUGGAAGAGGCCGUAAAAGGUGUGGUGAAUCAGGGCUGGCAGGCAGAUCCCACGACCAGAAUGGUGAUGCCUAAAAAGCCAGCACCGCCGAUUACAAGUAGAUGCAUGGGAAUGCACGCCUCCAGAAUCAGAGAGCAUCAGCCAAUGGGAAGGGAGAGAAAGACAAAGAGAAAAAGGCUAAGUAGCACACUCCGUGGAUGGUGAGAAGGGGAGAGAGGAAAGAAGAGGAAGUAAAGAUGUCGAAUCCUCCCCCCGUUUCGUCGGUUCCCAACGAGCAACAGUUGGCCAGACUUACCGACUACGUGGCUUUUCUGGAGAACUGAUAACCACAACAACCCUGGUCACUCUUUUUUCCUGAUAUUUGUGCAGACUCAUCACUGUGCUUUUGCUCAUUUCUGAUUAAAAACUAAACUAAAAAACAAGUUUUUGAUUUUUCAUUACAUGUGACAUCAAUAUCCUUGUUUCAUCAAGUCCUCCAGUUCUUCAUUAUCAGCUGUUUGAUGUUUAGCUGUGGGAAUUGUGCAUACUCUGGGUAUGCACAAUUCCCACAGUGCUUUUAUCUUAGUUCAGUGCCAGCUGUUCUAAUUUCAACUUCCUAACCCAUCCAUCCAUCCAUUUUGUGAGCCGCUUCUCCUCACUAGGGUCGCGGGCGUGCUGGAGCCCAUCCCAGCUAUCAUCGGGCAAGAGGCGGGGUACACCCUGAACUGGUUGCCAGCCAAUCGCAGGGCACAUACAUACAAACAACCAUUUGUACUCACAUUCACACCUACGGACAAUUUAGAGUCUUCAAUUAACCUACCAUGCAUGUUUUUGGGAUGUUGGAGGAAACCGGAGUGCCCGGCGAAAACCCACACAGGCACGGGAAGAACAUGCAAACUCCACAGAGGCGGGGCCGGGGAUUGAACCACGGUCCACAGAACUGUGAGGCGGACGCUCUAACCAGUCGUCUAACGUGCCGCCACUUCCUAACCCUUUCUAGAAUUUUUUUCAAAUUUUCAACUUAAUAGUGGGGGUGUGGUGUGUACGACAUCCCCAACACACUCUUUCUACGUUACGAGCAAAGCGCACAGUGACGAAUAAUAUGUCAUUCCCGCUGCACCGGAAGGUUGCUGCCAUAGGAACGGAACACUAAACCGACGACCCCUUGUACUUCCUUAUCAGCUCUUCUAUAUUUAGCUGUAUUAUGAGCCAUAGUAUCUAAUGUGAAUAUCCCAUUUAAAAAUGUGGUGACUGUUUUUAAUGUCGCUGUUUUUACAUUCUUAUUUUUUUUGAAUUAAUUUAGUUUUUUUACUGUCAGCUUAAUGGUGGUGUUUUGACAUGUUUGGGGAGGAAAAGAAGUUAAUGUAUGUUUUUGAAGCCUGCAAUAAAACAAGCAUACUGUG